AUGUUUAGCAAGAGACCAAAUACACCCCGAUUAUUGCAGGCCCAGCCCCACAUCCUGACGACCGAAGAAGGAGCUCUCAGGAGGAACUGCCCUCCCCAGCUUCCUAGUUCCUGCCCUUCCAUGAGGGGGCUCAGCAUGCCACAGGAUGGUAAGAGACCUGGGGCCCGGGAGAGGGAGGAAAAGCAGGAUGGAGUCAGGACGGAGGGAGACUUGCAAGGCUUUGCUUCCAUCCACAUGGUUUCAUCCUCCCUUGACCAGUGUCCCGGGGAAGCUUCGUCCAGUCACCCUCCCUGCUCUACUCUGCUCACCUUAGCUGACAAGGGUCAGUACACGUGCUCACAGAGCACGGACUCACCCAAGAGCCAGCUACCAAAGACACUGGUGGGCUGGGGAGAGGGGGAAUAUGGUAUAUGGUGUGUGGAGGCCUCCUUCUCAUGCGCAGGAAUCAACAGUGUGAACCAGCUGGGGGGCCUCUUUGUGAAUGGCCGGCCCCUGCCCCUGGACACCCGGCAGCAGAUUGUGCGGCUGGCAGUCAGCGGGAUGCGGCCGUGUGACAUCUCACGUAGCCUUAAGGUAUCUAAUGGCUGUGUGAGCAAGAUCCUAGGGCGUUACUACCGCACAGGUGUCUUGGAGCCCAAGGGGAUUGGGGGAAGCAAGCCACGUCUGGCCACACCUCCUGUGGUGGCUCGAAUUGCCCAGCUGAAGGGUGAGUGCCCGGCCCUCUUUGCCUGGGAGAUCCAGCGCCAGCUCUGUGCUGAAGGGCUUUGUACCCAGGACAAGACUCCCAGUGUCUCCUCCAUCAACCGAGUCCUGAGGGCGCUGCAGGAGGACCAGAGACUGCCCUGGGCACAGCUCAGGUCACCAGCUGUUUUAGCUCCAGUUCCUCGCAAUCCCCACAGUGGCUCUGAGGCUCCCCGGGGUCCCUACCCAGGGACUGGCCACCGGAAUCGGACGAUCUUCUCCCCAGGCCAAGCUGAGGCGCUGGAGAAAGAGUUCCAGCGAGGGAAGUAUCCUGACUCAGUGGCCCGGGGAAAGCUGGCUGCUUCCACCUCCCUGCCCGAGGACACGGUGAGGGUCUGGUUUUCCAACCGAAGAGCCAAAUGGCGCCGACAAGAGAAGCUCAAGUGGGAAACUCAGCUUCCAGGUACUUCCCAGGGUCUGAUUGUACCGAGUGCUUCCUCAGGGAUCGUGACUGCACAGCAGUCCCCUAGCAGUGUGCCCACCGCAGCCCUGCCUGCCCUGGAAUCUUUGGGUCCCUCCCGCUAUCAGCUGUGUUGCGGGACAGCACCCGACAGGUGUCUAAGUGACACCCCACCCCAAGCCUGUCUCAAGCCCUGCUUGGGCUACCUGCCCCCCACCGCCGAGCUCCCUGGAUUCAGUUCUGCUCUGCCAUCCUUGCCCCUCCUAUCACUGCCCCCGCCGCCAGUCUUGGUGCCCCUCAGGCCUUGCUCUGGCCUGGCUCCCCACUACUGAAAGGCCUGGGAUGAGAGGAAGGCCAGAGUGGACAGGAGAUG